AGAGCCGGCCCCCAGCAGCGCCCCCGUCGUGGAGAUAAUCGAGCAGCCCAAGCAGCGAGGGAUGCGCUUCCGCUACCAGUGCGAGGGCCGCUUGGCCGGCUCCAUCCCCGGGGAGCGCAGCACCGACACCACCAAGACCCACCCCACCAUCAAGAUUCACAACUACCAGGGUCCUGGGAAGGUCCGCAUCUCUCUGGUGACCAAGGAGGCCCCCCACCGGCCUCACCCCCACGACCUGGUGGGGAAGGAUUGCAAAGAAGGCUACUACGAGGCCGAGUUGUCUCCGGAACGCUCCAUUCACAGCUUCCAGAACCUGGGCAUCCAGUGCGUGCGGAAACGGGAUUUGGACAAGGCCGUGGCCAAGCGGAUUGAGACCGGGAACAACCCGUACAAUGUGCCAAUGGAGGAAUUAAAAGGAGAUUACGACCUGAAUGCAGUUCGGCUCUGUUUCCAGGUCUGGAUUCGGGAUACAGGCACGGGGCACUUGAUCCAGCUGCCUCUGGUGGUCUCCCAACCGAUCUACGACAAUCGCGCCCCCAAUACAGCCGAACUGAAGAUCUGCCGCGUGAACCGCAAUUCGGGAACCUGCCUGGGGGGGGACGAAAUCUUCCUUCUCUGUGACAAAGUGCAGAAAGAGGACAUUGAAGUCCGCUUCUUCAAGGAUUCCUGGGAAGCCAAAGGUUCCUUCUCGCAGGCCGACGUCCACCGCCAGGUGGCCAUUGUCUUCAAGACCCCACCGUACGUGGAUCAGGGCCUCCGCGAGCCCGUGACGGUCCAGAUGCAGCUGCGCCGUCCCUCCGACAAGGAGGUCAGCGGCUCCAUGGAGUUCCGUUACCUCCCCGAUGAAGGCGACUUCCAUCGAAUCGAGGAGAAGCGCAAACGGACUCUUGGGACUUUCAAGAACUUUGUACAGAAAACACCUUUUGCAGUAGGAGCGUCGGAAGCGCAAGCUCCACGCCGCAUUGCUGUUCCGAAACAUGGGGUAGUACGGCCUAAUACCAGCGCUGUACCAGGUCUUCUGGGAGCAUCGGGGCAGGCGUCACUGCUGUCGGCCCAGAAGCCCCAGGCCAUGACUCAACCUCCCGCCGGCUUCUUUGUCGGGCCCGGGCAUCCCACCCCACCGCCUCCAGUGGCUGUGACCUCCAGCUUCAGCACAGUGAACAUGGAGGAGUUAUCGUGCCUGGGUGUCUCCUCACAAGUCCAGCCCUCCACCUUGGACACAGAAACCACCAUCGCGGACGCCUUCCUGCACCUGCACUUCGAAGGCGGGGAUGCAUUAGGGGGCAUCUUGGACGACGCGCCCUACAGCAGCCUGGACAGCAUCAACACCACCGAGUUCCGGCAGCUUCUCAACGAAGGAGCGGGGCCCUCGGCGCUGCCGGACAACCAGGGGACUCUGCUGACCUACCCGGAAUCCAUCACCCGCUUGGUCAGCCAGCGGAGGGCAGGAGGGGAGCCUGGAGGCAACGGGGACAGCGGGGGCGGCGGCAGUUCAACCAACAACAGCUUCCUCAAUGGCCUUUUGGGGGCCCUUCCCGCCGAGGACAGCUUUUCGUCCAUGGUCGAUCUGGACUUAAACUCGCUUCUCAACUCGUAAGCCGGUCCCUCUGGACUCCGGGGCUUGAACUCCAAGUGGGCCACUUGCCCUUUCGAUUGAGACUCACAGUGCGCCCUUGGCCCACUGGCGCUUCCAGCUAUUCUUUGGGAUCUGGCGGGGAGGGGCAGCCUUCCAAGAGGGGGUAGUAGUUAGGGCUUGGCCCCUCCGAGUUGGACGAGAUGUUCUGCCCCCCCUUUCCAUGCCACCUCUUCACGGAGCUAACCGUAUGGACGUAGAAGGUGAGCGUGGCUGGGCUCGGAGCGUUUCCUGCCUUCUGAUUUGGCAGAUACUGUUCUUACCAUCCUAUCAAAAUGCAGCACUUGUUUUUUUUCCUAAAGGCCUAAAACUUCACAGGAGGCUUAAAGACAUUUUUUUAAAUGCUGUAGAUUUGUUCAGGGGAAAAAAAACCAACUAAAAACCCACUUCACUGUUGCCAGCUUGCCGACUCGCCAGCUUGCCUCUUUCCUACUUGUGUGGCCCAAGUUGGCCAACUUUUUAAAAAAAUCUUGUCAGUCAACAAUUUGACUGAUGAAAUGCCUGUUACCUUUUUUUUAGAGGCAUAGAAACUUUAUUGGGGUGCGGUUUUGUUUUGUUUUUUGCAAGAUUUGCCUUAAAUCGUUGUCACAGCUUCUCUGUCUGCCACAAGACAUGCCAGAUCAAAUCCCUGGAACCAGAGGUUCUGUUUUUAAACAAAGGCGUAAGACAGGAUCCUUCCACUAGUGCAGGGAAAAUGGUUCUUGUUGGGCUUUGCUAUCUGUUUCCUGGUGGAGCAGGUUGGUGUGAGUAUGUGUGUGUGUGCUUGAGAUCCACCACAAGGCUGGUCCAGGCAGUGAGGGACACAGAAGUGAACCCAGCCUUUUCUUCAUGGCUGAUGCUGGGAAGAUCAGGCCUCUGUUCUCCCUUUUCCUAGUAAGGAAAACUAGAGGGGCUUCAUUCACAUAAUAAUGCACUAAAUCUGAUUAACUGGAACCUGGGUUUGGGAAAUUCAGGGGGGCAGGUUCACCCAGUGGGUAGAAGUAUCAGCUGACCGUGCUCGGCUGGGUUAAUAUGGCACCUGAAGCCACAAAAAAUUACCAACAUGUAGUGUGUUGUGAAUGCAACCGAUAUUCCAGUAAGGCAGUGUUGUCCAAACUUGGACCCUUUAAGAUGA